AACAAUGCAUAAAACGAGAAAGAAGAUCAAAGAAAAAACUUGAUAAGCCAGUUGCAGAAAAGAAAAGUCCUAAACCUCUAAAUGUACUACUUUUUGAAAGGGAGAUAAGAUCAAAGAGAACACAUGAGAGAGUUCCAAUUCUAAAGAAUAUAAAGAAUAAGGAAAUUGAUGAAUCUGUGAAAGAGGAAAAAGAAGAUCAUGUUAGAAAAAUAACUAAGGAAUACCCACCUGGAUUAAGAAAUCUGUCAACUAGAAUGAAAUGUGAUAACAUCACUGCAGCUGUUAGGGGCAUGUCACCGGAACAAAAACAAGCAAUAUUAAGGAUGGGUUUUGGGUCAAUUUUGCAAGUGAAUAUAACAAGUUAUCCUGGCCAACUAUGCUACUACCUUUUAGAUGUUUAUGAUGCUGACAGUAGAAGAAUUGUCCUACAAAACUCUGUUAUUGAGAUCACAAAGCAAACAGUACAUGAUAUGAUGGGGUUGCCAAUUGGUGGAGAAGACUUCAAUGAGUUGCCAUUGUGUGAAAAGGGGAAUGAAAUUCUGGAAGAAUGGUGGGGACAAUAUACUGGUGAUAAGUUCAAUGGUGAGGAGUAUUUAAGGAGAAUUCAGGCCACAUCAAAAGAUAGUUUGAUGUUUAGGCUAAAUUUUUUUUAACUCUUUUCAUCAACAACUUCAUAGAGUUAAUGUUGAUGGGAACAAAUCAAGUAAAAGUGGUAAGGAAGUUGGUGUUGGUACAAGACUUUUCAAAGUUAAAUUGGUGUAAGUAUAUGCUCGACUGUUUGGGAUCAAGGAAGAAUCUAUGGAAAAGAGAAGACAAAUCAAGCUACUACACUGGGCCUAUUACACUCCUUCUAUUAGUGUACGUGUACAACAUGAAGUAUUCUAUGAAGUUAGACAAAAGGGUACCUUUUAUUGGGCAUAUAACUGGUGCCAAUUUGUUAGAGAUUCAACGAUACGAAAUCAACUUGGGAGGGUUCCGAAGGUUGUUUCGCGAUGAGCAUGACGAUGUCGAUAUUAAUGUUGAAACAGGGGGUGAAGAUCAACAGUUGGUCAAGUUUAGGAGGGAUUUUGGAGAUGAGGAGGUAAAAUUAUAUUUUUGUGUUGCAUAAAUUUUUAGUUUGUGAUUAUUAUACUUUAAAUUUGAUCAUACAUUCUGAUAGAAUAUAUGUGAAUAUUCUGAUAGUAAAAUUGUUGAAAUAUUCUUGUAGUGUAAUUAAAAAGUAAUAAUAUGUAUUGCAGGUGUAUGCUGCUGUUUUAGAGCAUAGUUAUGGGUUAAUUCUAACAGAAAAAAGUACUAUGGAGGUUGCGUUGAAGGAUGGAUUGGAAAAGUUCCCUGAUAGUGUGUUGUUGAAACAAUGGUUGGAAAAGAUGAAUGAGCUUUUUAGGGGAAAUCAUGAAGGUACAAACAACACAAAUGUGAAUGAUUCAGAUGGGUAUAAUGAGGUGAAUAUGAAUGAUAUGGUCGAUGGCAAUGGAGAUAAUACUUCACCUGUUAGAGGAUUGGUAAUUAGUGAACUUAAUAUAGAGAAAGAUGUAAGUUAUAAUAACCCUGUUAACAACAAUGAUUUAACAAUGAGCCAGUUUCAUCGACUUUCGGGAGUGAAUGAUGAAAUGAUUCAGAUGUUGGAAGAAACUGAGUUACAUGUGUAUAGAAGGAAAAAGCUAAUGUCAGGAUUGAGGGGGGGGAGAUAUGGUUGGAAUAAAUUUAGGAGAACAGGUUGAGAAUGCUGCAGAAGAUGCUGACAUUGAAGUAAGGGAAAAACGUAUGCCUAAAAAAGGCAAAGAUAUUCCAUUCCCCGUACAUUGAAAGAAUUGUUAAGGUUGGGGAUAAACUGAGUAAGGAUGAAUCAGGAAUUUUGUAACGCCCGCGUUUCCAAGCUAGGCAUUUUCGUUGAUGUAAUAGUCUAGG